AUGCGGUUCUUCUUUUGUGUUCUGGCAACAGUUGUGUGCUCUGUCCUGGUUCUAGGCCAGGAGGGACCAUCAGGAGACUCGCCUCCUCCCGCUCCGGCCAACGGCACUCUUCCUCCCCCUCCGGGCAAUGGCACCAACCCCCCGCCGGGCAACGGCACCAACCCCCCGCCGGGCAACGGCACGCGCCCUCCCCCUCCCCCGGGCAACGGCACGCGCCCUCCCCCGCCCCCGCCGUCCAACAGCAGCCGCGUGGACUCCGAGCCUCCCAGACAGGGCUUCUUGUCUCAGCUGGCGGGGUUCUUCAACCGCGAGGGGGCCCAGCGGCAACCCGGCAACGGCGGCUUCCGUCGCCCGGAGCCGUUCUUUGGCAGAUUCCAACAGAACCAGCAGAACCAACAGAACCAACAAGAUCGCUUCGGCCCCUUUCAACGGAGACCGUUUGCGUUU